AUGGAUUCACAAACUAUUCUCUGUGACAUGUGUAUAGAGGACAGGAAACCAGCAACAAAGACGUGCAUGAAGUGUGAGAUCUCCAUGUGUGUCCAGCACCUCCAGGCCCACCUGACCACACCUGUGUUACUGCAGACUCAUCCUCUGACUGAACCCAUGGAUUUAUGUGGGAACACCAAAUGUUCUCAGCACGGCAAGCUCCUGGAGUACUACUGCUUGGACGACAUGACCUGUGUGUGUGUUUCCUGCGCCAUUGAGGACCAGCACCGCCUACACAAUAUGAAGACCUUCUCCACAGCCCACAAAGAGCUCCUGGAGAAGCUGAAAGCUGAGCAGCUGAUCUUACAGGAGAAAACAGACGAUGAGAAUGUGAGUCUGGAAAAGUGGGAGAAGAGUGAAAGAGAGAAGCUGGGUCGCUGCAGUGUGCGUCUGAUUGAGGCUGUGACUAAGCUGCGUGACAUCUCUCUGACCAGCGUCCAGAGCUCAGUCUCUGCUCGUAUGGUGUCCCUGAAAACCAGCAAGAGCAGCCUGGAAGCAGCACAGAAGGAGAAGGACACCUUCAGAUUCCUGCAGAUGUAUUCUCAGGUGCAUCAGGAUGUGGAGAAGGCCAAAGCUGUGGAUCUGAGAAAAGGGCUGGAGCCGGGCAGCCAUCGGGACAAACUGGUUGAGGAGAUGAGACAGAAUGGGGAGAAGAUGGUGAAGCAAGCUUCUCAGUUCUGGGGAUCAUUGCUGACUAUGGUAGAUCCUGAACACCACCAGGAGCUUGUUCCCACUGAUUCACACCUGAUCUUUGAGCCACAGUCUCUGGGUCCUGGCAUGUCGCUGUCCACUGACAAGAGGAAGGGAUGGGUGAUCAGCAUUUCCAAAGACUGUGACUGGACCAUCGGUGUAUGUGACGACAAUUAUGCAACGAGUAUGAAGGAUGGAUAUGUCUAUGGCCUACGCUGCCAAGGGUUUAGAAAAGGAAGCAACAAAUGA